AUGGAAGAGCGGCGACAGCGGCAGUUCCAGUGCUGCACAUGGGGGGUUUACGAGAAGAAGGAGGUCGUGUUAUCAGCCCCGGAAGCCCCAAGGCCACAAGCCAACAUAGGAAGUUCACUGCUGGCCGAGGAUGCGAGAGACAUGGUCAUCGCCGGCAUGCGUUCGAUGGGCUCCGGGGCCCUGCAUGCGGGGAUGGGCGCACUGGAGCUCGGGCUCAGUGGCCUGGAGGCUGGAAUGGGUGCGCUGGAAGCAGGCUUUGGCGCCCUGGAAGGGAGGCCGGGCAACCAGCCCUUGGGGCGGACGGGCUUGCAAGCGGGAGAUGGCAGCGACAUCGGAGCCAACGAGGAAGUUGUCAGGGAUCAUGCGGAUGGCAGUCAGUGA